AAGCGCAGUGUUGAAAAACGUUCGAACCUUAAACAGCUGUGGGAAAAAUCAAUUUUGCAACUCCCUCUCGCUUCUGAAGAAACUUGUCCGCGAGAAAAACACGGAUAAAAAUGACCAACGGCGACUGCUUUGUUGUUCUGCCCGAGAACUGUGCCGAAGGAACGUUGAUCAUUGGUCGCAAUGCGGAGGACGAAAAAAACGUCAACAUUGCCUCGGAGGUUUGCUUCUACGAUGCCACCGAAGUACUUGAGGGGAAGACUGACGGUGGAGCUACUGCCGAGACGGGCGGCGAUGUGUUGCGUGUCAUACUGCAAAAACCCCAGCCGGGUCUCUGGGGUGGUGAUUUCGGGGCCAACGAACGCGGAGUGGCCCUAGGUCUCACCUGGGCGGCAGGUGAAAACAAGGCCAGGGACAGCGACAGCUUACUGGGCACGGAUAUAGUGCGCUUGACUUUGGCCGUGGCCAAAGACGUGGACGAUGCUGUGGACCGGAUUGGAGCUUUGGUGGCCAGUCACGGUCACGACAACUCCAAAAUGAACUUCAUCGCUUGUGAUGCAGUUGCUGCCUGGUUUGUAAGCUGCUCUGGCAAGGUAUGGGCCGCCGAGAAAUUGGAGGCCAGCUUUUUGCGGUUGCCCUCCGGAGGACUGGCUGUAACCACAGUGGUGAACAAGUCAAGCGAGGGAUUAGAUGAUGCCGCCAGUUUUGCCGCUGCUCACGAUGCUGAGGCUAAGGCCCCGGCAGAGGAUUGGUGUGGUCCCAAGCCAGCUGGCGAUGGAACAUACACCCAGCACGAUAUGUUUGAGACGCUGCGUUCCGCCAGUAAUGCGAGCAGCUCAAGGGCGGCCACAGUUUCAGUGUUGUCGGCAAAGGGAAUCUCGUGCCAUUGGUUUACCGGCACGCCUAAUGCCGCCGAGUCUGUGUUCAAGCCGUUCGUUUUUGCCCCAAAGCCGAGGAUCUCGCCUCUAACCCAAGUGCAGGCGGAUGCAGACUUGACGUUGCUGCACAAGCUACACUCUCAACGCAAGCCGGCCGCCUUGGAGCACUUGCGCAGCCUGGAGCGCUCCUGCGUGGACGAGCUAAAUAACUAUUUCUCUCUACAGGAUCACGCCAGCGACGAGCUGGACGAACUGCUCAAGGACUGUGUCGAGGCGGAAGUCAAGUUCUAUCGCUAGACCAACGACUACUUUCUAUAUAGAUACUCCAAAAACUAGCUUGCAAGCUCUAUUGAGCAUUGGGAUUUGACGUUAGCAUUCUUAUGGCAUUACCAAAUAGGCUAUAGUCGGCAAAUUAUUUUCUUGUGCAAUCUCUACUGUUUUAUUUCGUUUAGUUUUUAUAUACUUUUGCGUGAUAUUUAAAUUAUUAUUUAUUCUUUCUCAGUGGGCAAUCUCCGACUUGAAUUUAAAGUAUUAUUAUGUGACAUUCCAGGCUUAGUUUAACGAUUUACAUACUUGCAUUAAAAUAUAUAUGAAUACAUAUACAAAUAAAAAGUAUAUAUG